AUGACUGGUGGCAUUGUAAGUGCUACUAUGGCUCCUGUCCUGUUGGCCACUGCUAUGGUCAGCCAGACUGCGGACCGCGAUGGUGGCAAUUCACCUCAUAAAGGAGCAGGAGAGGAGGUAUCAUCAGUUCAUGACUUUACCAAUCUGAAUUCUCAUGAGCAUGAAGAAUCCAAUUCUACUAUGACCAGCGAAGACUUAUCAGAGAUGCAGGGAUCAGUCGAGAUACAUCUGCCCGAUGGAGAGAUGAAAUAUGAACUUAACCGUCUCCUUACAUUUUGGAAUUACCCAUCAAUGGCACCAGUAAAGCCCUUGCUUUUAGCCCGGGCUGGGUUAUGCUAUACAGGCAGUGCUUUAGCAACUAAGUGUUUUACGUGCGGUAUAAUCAUUGAGGACUGGCUGCAGGGUGACGAUCCCAACAAUAAGCACCUAUUUAAGAAUUCAGACUGUGAUUUUGUCAACCUGAGAAUGGAGAACAUCACAAUAGAAGAGAACUUGCAGAACAUGGAACCAGGAACACGUAUAAUUGCCAAAGACUAUGAGAAGAGGACGGAAGCAGUGGCAACAUCAACUCAAGUGACAUUGAAAGGUGGCAGUCCAUUUCAGUCUUCUACAUGGCCACUGCAUGAAUCAUCAGUUUUGGAGUCUGAUCAUGCUGCCCCUUCAACAUCAGAGGGUCGAUUCAACUCCUUGUAUCGUGAACCCUCAAAACCCUCACCAUCAAAUGGAUAUUCACAUGCAAAAGUGGUGCUAGCUCGACUGAUACAAAAGUAUAAGAACUUGGGUGUUAGAAACCUGAAAAGCGAAUCUGAUAGACUGAAGACAUUCCAUGACUGGCCUCUUAUAUACAUUCGACCAAGGGACCUGGCCAAGUCUGGUUUCUUUUUCUUGCUUGACCGUGACAGGGUCCAGUGUGUGUUUUGCCGUGUGAUCAUUGGAGAAUGGGAAGAAGGAGAUGAGCCAGAAGUAGAGCAUCGACAGCAUUCUGUAAGGUGCCCAUUCAUUCGUCAGCUUCCAGUUGGCAAUGUUCCAAUAAUAUCUGCUCUAACAAGAAGGAAUGACUACUGUGGGAACAUGCCUGUUGAACCUACAUCACGAUCUCCUGCCUUUGCAUCCAAUCACAGAGAUCAUGACUAUGGGCAUCGUGGAUAUGAUGUCUGUGGCACUUUCACAAUUGAACAACUUCAUGGCCCUCAACAAGGUGUGAGGCAGACUGGGUCAAGUUCCCGGGUGACCCUAAGGGGAGGGAGCCCACAGGACCUUGAAAGACUGGGUAUUCAGAAGUAUGGUGAACCUCAUCAUCCAGAAUAUGCAACGGAAGAGGCACGAAUGAGGUCCUUUGAUUCCUGGCCUAAAAGCAUGCCACAGCGACCGAAACAAUUGGCCGAUGCUGGCCUUUUUUACAUAGGUGUGUCAGACCAUGUGAAAUGCUUUGACUGCAGUGGAGGGCUGAAGGACUGGGAGCCAGAGGAUGAUCCCUGGAUAGAGCACACACGCUGGUAUCCCAAAUGCCGUUAUGUUAAUCUUGUUAAGGGCAAGGAGUUCAUAGAUGAUGUUCAUCAUCGAUUCCCACCAAAUGUGCCCAAUCACAUCAAUUGGGAAGCACCCAAUUCACUGACAAGCCCAGGACCACAGUCACCAGUGGAUGAAGAACAGGUUGAACAAAUUCUCCAUGGUGAAAUGGGCUUGCGUGCAUUGGAUAUGGGUCUGGACCAAGGACUGGUGAAACAGGCAAUCCGGCAUCGUCUCGAAAAUGCUGGUCUGCCCUUUCCUAGGGUUGAAAACCUCAUUGAGGAGACUCUCCACCUCCAGGAGCAGCACCGAUAUGUUGCUGAAAUGGAGCAGAAUCGGAGUCCUUCGCCUCAAGAAAGUGAGCUGUCACUGUAUGAUGAGGAAACAAGGUUAUCAGGUGAAGAUGAAGCUGGGAUGCUGGCUGCAGCAACAGCAGGCACUAGUCCUGGGAGUGGAGUAUCUCAAGAAACUGGUUACCACUCUGCUGAAGAAGCAACAGACACCAAGGACAAGGAUGAGACCUCCAAAAGCUCCCCCAAGAAAUCCAAAAGAGAACCAUCAGAGGAUGAGAAGACGACUCCAUCAGAAUCCAAUCUGUGUAAAGUGUGUCUGGAUGCAGAAGUGGGGAUUGUGUUUUUGCCAUGUGGACACCUUGUGGCCUGCCCCAAAUGCUCUGUUGCCCUUUCCAGUUGUCCUAUCUGUCGCACCCGCAUUCAGGGCACUGUUCGCACUUUUCUCUCCUAAAGCAUCUCCUGCCCCUCUGCCCAUCUGCUACCAUCCUGAGAAAUCUACGUUUUCAAGCCCUUGGAACUACCAACCUCAAUUCAGUAGAUUAUCUUUGGACAUAAAUAUGCAUGAUGUGCUUAGAUGUUUAAUUGGGAUGAUUUUCCUUCAAACAUUCCAUUCUGUAGUGGCAGGAGAUAGCAAAAAUUUACUGUUGCAUUUCUUUUAGGUGAUAGAUAUGUAGCUUGAAGGGGUUGGAGAAUGUAGAGAAAGUCAUCUACAAUCCUUAAAGCAAGUAAGUUAGGAAUCCUAAAAAAGUUGAGGUUAAUGAUAUUGAGUAUAUUACUCGAGAAAUUUAAAUAUGUCUACGCUGCUGAACCUUGCCACUCUGAAACUCUCAUGCCUUCUUUUUAAACUAGGUUAAGAAUGGUUUCCCUUGGGCAGGCAGAUAGACAAGUAGAGAGAAAUCCAUAGUUAGGAAAUAUAUUCACACUCUGGGCAACACUUGCUUGUGUAAGUAUGAUAAACUAGUACAAAAAAAAAGAGAUCUGUUCCCUGAAAUUGAUGCAAUGAGUGAAUCUCUGCUGCUUUUGUCACUGCAGCUAUGGAUGUUUGAAGUGAAAUCAUGUAUUGAUGACAUGGUGACGUUUGUAUGAGAAAGUUUUCCAUGGAAUGGCAGAUGGGGAGAGGGAUUAACAUUCUAGGCCUGCUUGAUUUUUUUUUGCAGUUGUGGCAGUUCUAUAAUAUAGCUUGGAUUAUGCAUCAUGACUUAUUCUUGUCCUAUCAAUGCUUCACAGUUGCAGUAUGGAUCAGUGCUGUAAUUUACCUUAUUAUUGAUAGGAACAAUAAAAAAUCUUCCCUUACUUAAAUGCAGGCAAUCUAAAGCUCCCAAGUCUUCAUUUACAAACAUAACUAUCCCCAGAAUAUCAAAGGGGCCUUUUAAUUUUCAUGUCAAUUUACACUAGAGGUCAAUGUUACAUUGACAAGUAUGUGUCAGUGCACUCUACUCAUAAAAUCAAGCAGGCCUCCUUUUAGUCUACUUCCAGUUAGGGUUUUUCAAUUUUCUUGCUGUUUCUGUGAAGCUGGCUUAUUUCAAGAAUACACUUUACACUUGGAAACUCCAGUCGGUCAUUAAAGAAGGUGUUGGGAGAUGCUUAAUUUCUCAAAAAUUUAAUUUUCUUUGAAGAGUGCUGGAUUUUGUGUUUCAGAAAUUAAGAUUUUGUGUAAGUCAUCCUAAUUUUUGGUAUUUGGGUUAAUAAAAAUGAAGUGCAU